GGGCCUCUCCUCAUGCAUGCGUGUCCACAUCUAUCCGAUUAUCUACAGUUUACAAAGCCUAGACAAGCCGCUGUUGUAGAGCGUUCGAAGCCACUGUGGAGUUCACGAUUCUGUCGGUUCUUUAUUCUAUGAUUCUGUACUGUGGGCCGUAGUUGCAAUUGUUAAAAGUUUCUGGUUUCCGUGUGUAGGCUUAGUGGCACCACAUUUCGACAUAAAGGAGGAGAUUUUGGUACAUUGCUGUUGUCGGCGGAAAGGACAGAAGAUAUGUAUUCCCAAGCCCCACCUCAGCCGCCCAAAGCUGAUGUCGGAUACUUACAGGGGCUUUUCAGGAAUGUCGACAAAGAUAGAAGUGGAAACAUAAGCGCAACGGAACUCCAGAGUGCCCUGUCAAAUGGAACUUGGAAGCCGUUCAACCCAGAAACAGUGCGAAUGAUGAUAGACAUGUUUCGUUCACCAGGCAUGUUUGACCGCAGCCGAACUGGUACAGUCAACUUCGACGAAUUUGUUUCUCUGUGGAAUUAUAUUACCAACUGGCUCAACUGCUUCCAGAGCUUUGACAAAGACCGUUCUGGCGCCAUAGACCAGGGCGAACUCACUCAGGCUCUCACCGGGUUUGGCUAUCGUCUCAGUGAGCCAAUCAUGAGUAUGCUGCUUGUUAAGUUUGACAGGGAUGGAAAAGGCUCGAUCAACUUUGAUGACUUCAUUCAGUGCUGUGUGACUUUACAGACUUUGACAGCGGCCUUCCGGCAUUACGACACCGACCAAGAUGGGUGGAUCACCAUUGGUUAUGAAGAUUUCCUCAAGCUUGUAUUCAGCCUGCGGAUGUGAUGAUUGAUUGCAUUCUACUAAUACAAGAGUAGACAAUGCUGCAUUCAUUCCACGGCUCCUUUUAUGGACGCUAUUUGUUCUACAACAUGACCUGCCCACGUGCUGUGCAGGCAUUUGUAUGGGAUUGGUGACCCGAUUCAUUUUAAAGAGUAUAUCUGGAUGUUUGCUUAAGAUAUCAAGAAGAGAUUGCUGUCUAAUUUUUCCAAUUUUCAACCAACAAUAAAUUGCUCUGUGUGCUAUAUUAUUGAUCUGAUAUAUAUAUAUAUAUAUAUAUAUUUAUUUGUCAGUGUGCAAAACUCAUUACGCCUUGUUUGUUGGCAGCAAGAUCUAUGGAGACAAGUUAACAGCACACAACUGGAGUGCUGCUAGUGUUGCAGUGAAUGUGCUAUGGUUUUAGAGUAACAGUUGAAAUGUUUUUUUCAUGGAGAGCCAUUUCAGAGUAAUAAUUGUAAAUACUCGGUAGAGAGAGAGAGAAAAAAAAGAGUGGGAGGUGUAUUUCUGGCUACUCGUUAGGUCACGAUGAUGUGCAAUGAGGUGUGCACCACAUAUUUCAUAAAUACUACUGUGACCAUGACUGAUCGCAUUAAUCAUUUUUAGGUUAUAUUCUAAAAGUGAAGAAAUACGGUCAUUACGCUGGUGGGGUUAAAGCCCUGUUUGUGCUAUGCUAACUGGACUUCCCCUAUUUACAUGGGUGAGUGCACAUGUGCUAGUAAAAAAAUUUACACUGCUGCUCUCAUCAUGCUUAUCCCAUGUGUUUGCAACUGUCCAGUAUUUACUGAGAUGUACAUACAGCAAAUUGUUCCUUACGUGUUAAAAAACAAGGCUGUAGUGUUUGUGCUAUUCUGCCAGGGAUAUACGUUAGUGAUGAUGUGAAUGGCUGUGGACACGGUAAUUGAUGAACAUACUGUGAGAUGUACUAUUCUUUUAUACUCCAAGAGGAUGUCAAAUGAAGCAUUUCCUUGUUAUAGAUUUUUAUAGCACCUGUGAUAAAUUCUCUCACAUUUGAAAAAAUAAACAUGUGCAAGGA